AUGAAAGCCCGGUGUGAACUCAUCGAGUCCAACUUCACCCAAACUGUGACCAGGAUGAAGAUAGACAGAGAACAGACUGUGAAGGAGAAGGACAAGUACGCCCUGGAGACCAUUCACCUCAGGAGAGAAAAGUCCAUCCAGGAGAAGGAGCUGGAGCUCUACAAGCAGAAAGCAAAAGACGAGUUUUCCCAGAUCUUGAGCUCUGUCUCCUCUGUCUCCAAGGCCUUACUGGAAAAAAUCAACUCUCUCUUCCCUCGACACAUCGUUUUCCAGCUCACCUGCCCCAAGCAGAGGGAACACCUGGAGCAGAUCCAAAGCAACUGCACCAGCCUGUCCCGGGAGGUGGAGGACAAGCUCCAGCGCUACCUAAACAGCGUCGGAGACCAAGUGUCCAACAUGCAGGUGGAGAACAACCACCUGAAGGCUGAGAACUGGCGCCUGUCCAAUGACUACCGCGAGUGCAGCCAAAAUCGCACAGCCAUUAUUGAGCAGCACAAGCAGAGCGGCAGUGAGCUGCAGCAGAAACACGACCAGGAGAAGGAGAGGCUCCUCGUGGACAAGAUGAAGCUGAAUGGAGAGAUAGAAGUUCUGCAGAGAAGCAUCAAAUACAAAUCAUCAGAGGCGGACUACCUUACCGAACAGAUGAAGCAGCUAAACAUUAACUGCAUGAUGAAGACAGGAUUUGAUGCAUAUUCUGGAGGCCUGAGUCCUGGGCCAGGCACACCGAGUCAGUCUGGGUGGAAUAUAUUCAAUGGUGGUGGUUCCAGCUCCUCAUCUAGUUCAGCCUCUCUGGGUCUAGGUCGUACAGGGUCAGGUUCUAGUGUAAACUCUGGAUUAGGAUUCAGUAAGCUAGGAUCAACUGGAACAGGCUCUUCAAGUUCAACCUUCCCUCAAUCUGGAUCAAGUUUGGGUUUGAGCAACACUGGGUUGGAAUUGAACAAACCAGGAUCAACUGGAGCAGACUCUUCAAGGUCAACCUUCUCUCAAUCUGGGUCAAGUUCAAGCAAUACUGGGUCAGGAUUCAGUAAGCCAGCAUCAACUGGAGGAGCCCGCUCAAGUUUAGGAAUAGGGUCUUCAUUUGGCUCAAGCUCCGACAAGCCAGCAGAGAGCGGGAGGACCUCAACAAGCAGUAGGUCAUCCACUGGGUCAACAGGGUCCAGUACAAACACAGAUCUAAGUAGUGUAGGCUCAAACAAGCCAACGUCAAAUUCAAAAGGCUCCUCAGUCUUUGGGUUUGAGUCCCCGUUUACAUCGAGUGGGUCAACAAGUACCGGUAAAAGUGGGUCCACCAGUCCUGGAUUUUCUUGGCCCUGGAAUUCCGGCAGUAGUUCAGGACAAAGUAAGACAGAAAGUGCACCGGGGAGAACAUCUAGUGGGAGUAGUUAUGGCGGAACUGGAUCUUCCAGUGGUGGAGGAAAAGCAAGUGAUCCAGUCGGCGUCAUUAAACACAUUAAGGAGCUGCUACGUCAGAUCAACCCCUCAGCUCCACAGGACAAGCAGGACCUUUCUAUAAUGCUGGGUUGA